AUGCCUGUUGCCACGUCCUCGCCAGCCGUUUCGCACUCUUCCGGCCUUACAAAAAUGGAGGACAGGAAGAGGCCAGCCAUCAGCGCGACUGAUGAGAUCGCUCCUCCCAGCAAAAGGCAAGCAGUUAACGGAACCGUCAAAUCUCGGGAUGAUGGCGAGUCAAGGGACGAGGCCUGGAUUGAGGACUUUCAAAAAGAUGCAAUCUAUCGACAGAUGCUCGAGUACCGCCGACAAAAAGCCACCUUAGAGACUAGAUUAGAAGAGGUGACAAAACGUUCUACGCAUCACGACGACCACCUUCGGAUAAUAGAUCAAUGGUUCCUGCAAAUGCUCGAUGAAAUCGAGCUCCUCGCUCGCGGCUCUCUAUCAUCGGAUAUAGAUUGCAAGGGAGACUCGAUAUUGUCCUCAACUGCCUUGCAAUUCAAAGAUUCAGAAGAAUUUCAAGAGCACCUGGGGGACAAAAAGAAAGUUAUCAGGUCGAAACUUGAAACGCUUUUUGGGUUAAUAAAGGCAUCACGAGACGUCAAGUCUGAUGUCUCCGAGUUGGAAUCGCAAAUUAACAAGCUCUUAGCUGCGCAAAAGGACCUUGUCAUUAAGCUCGAUAGGUCCAACGCCGAAAAGGAUGCGCUGUCAGAACAGUUGGAUACCGCCACCCUUCGAUACGUGAAAGCCGAGAAGAAGCUGGAUCGCGCCAAAAGUGUGCAAGUGCAGAAGGUUGAGCAGCAAGCCCAAGCUAUUGCCUCAGCAAGGCCGCCAUCCACGGAACGUUCGACCGAGGAACCGAAAUCGAAUGGACAUUCCGAAGCCCUUCAGCUCAAGUACGACGAGGCAGCCGCUGUGCUUGCAACACAAGAGAAGCAGAUCACCGCUCUCAAGUCUGAAAUCAAGACUUUGUUAGAAGAGAACACCUCAUUGAAAGCUCGCAAAGAAACGGUCACCGACGAAGAGUACUCGAGGACGGAUCUUUUUAAGCAAUUCAAGCUGCAGAAUGAGGACUUGAUCAAGAGAGUCAACACUCUUGAGGCUGUGAACAAGCAACUGCGAGAAGAAGCUGAGAAGUUGCAAACUGAAAGGACCAGCUAUCGCGAAUUGCUCAACCGGGAAGCUCAAGCAAUAACAUCCGAUCUGGAGGAUCAACUGCAGCAGAAGGACCAGGAUCUUACCCGUAUAAGGGCCUCAAGAGACGAACUGAAUGCGCAAUUGGCCAUUCAAAAGUCCAAGAAUGAGCAAGAAAUUGCGUCGCUGAAGCAUCUGGAGGAGCUGUCAGCAGCCAAGGACGACAGGAUAGCCGGGCUGGAACAAGAGGUGGAAAGGCUGCGCCCAGCCGCGGACACGGCAAUGGCAACAUCCCGCGAAGAUCUUGAAUCCAUGGAUGUGGCUGACCUGAUCGCCCGGUACAUGAAACUGGAACGGGAUUACGAACUGAUCCAAAGCGAGGUGCCUUCCGUCGAGAAGGCGUACAGGAAGGCAGUGGCAGUUGCGCAGAAGAAGUUGACAGAUCUGACGGCACUUGAGACGAAGCUGUCGAAUGCUAUCACGGACCGAAACAAGGCCGACCAGAAAUAUUUUGCCGUGAGACGAGACACCGACGCCCGAAUUAACGAGAACAAGGCACUGCAGCAUCAGAACAAGACGAGUUCCACCAUAAUCACGCAGCUAAAGGAGGUUGAGGCGCACACCAAAAUCCUCAUUGCCAACAUGGAGAAGCAACUCGCCGAGCUGAAGCAGUCCAAUGUUACCAUCCUCGAAGAGAACCGCAAGCUCAAGGCCUCGAGCUCGGAUGCUCUACGACAAUACGAGGCGCUCAAGAACCAAGCCGAAACAUUGAACAAGCUUGUGAAGAACAAGGACUCAAUAGCCUUGUCGCUGAAGGAGAAGGCAGCAUCGCACGAGACCGAGUUGGAAAGGGUCAAGACCCGACUGGAGCAUGCUCAGAAAGAGAGGGAUAACCUUAAAUCCAGGGGAUCUGGUGGUGCAUCAGCUGAGGAUGAUUUAAGGAAAUUUGCUCUUUGCAAUGUGUGCAACAGUGAAUUCAAGAACGCAGUGAUCAAAACAUGCGGGCACGUGUUCUGCAACGACUGCGUGCAGAGUAGGCUGGCGAACAGACGACGCAAGUGCCCUUCAUGCGGCAAAGCAUUCGACAAGAUGGAUGUCAUGACCGUGCACAUGUAG